ACAGCAGAGUGCUACGCGGACAAGAGCACUCGUACAAGAGCAAAACCCUUCUUCGCUUCCCCUUCCACGAGGCCUUUCUGUCUCCCUCUCUCUCUCUCUUCCACGGCCUCGCUCGCUCUCCCGCUCUCUCCACGAGCAGCCAGUCUUCAAGGAAGUUGGACGAGCAGUUUCCCGCCCAGUUCGGUUGUGUUUUUCGGAGGGUUUCAGCUUCAGGAAGCGCCGGGACGAAGUGACAGUGAGGUAGCGGAAUCGGCGUGCGAUGGAAUUCUGGGGAGUUGCAAGUCUGUAGGUUUAGGGUUACAUCCCCGGAGUUUAGAUUUUUCUGCGGGCUGGUGGGAGGGAGUUCUGUUGUUUCUGCGAAGUUGAAUUCUUCAGUAUGAUCCCGUGGAGAGUCUGUUUGAAGUCUCCAUAUUUUCGUACGGAGGUCGCACCUGGCGGACCUCAAGUAUGUCAUCCUGGAGAUGAAAUGUACUGCCAUGUUUCGCAGGCUGCGCUCGGGCCCAGCUCGAGUGGAAAGUCGGAGAGGGUUGUUCUUCGUGUUGAAACUGGAGGAAAAGAUGUCGUCCUCGGCACCUUGUCCUCUGGAAAGUGUGAUCAGAUGGCCUUAGAUCUAAUUUUUGACCGAGAGUUCAAGCUUUCGCACACGGGGACUUCCUGCAGUGUUUACUUCUGUGGAUACAAAACCGAGAAGGGAGAGCCAGAAGAGUUCGAUUCCGAAAUGGAAGAGGAGGAGGAAUCAGACGAGGAGGAGGUUCCGGAAGCCGUACCAAUGAAGGCCAACGGGGAUGCGAAGGGUGCAUCAGUAGCUAAGGGUGCCGCAGAUUCGGUACAAUCCAAGAAGCCUGGGAAAAGUCCCACCAAGGCCAAACUCAUCGACGAUGAGGCUGAUGAAGACGAAGACUCCGACGAAGACGAUGACGAGGAUGAAUUUUCCCAGAUGAAUUCAACUGUGAUGGACUUUGACUCGGAUGAUGAAUCUGGUGAAGAUGACAGUGAGUUUGAGGGUGAUGAUCUGGACGACAGCGAUGAGGACGACUCUGAUGAACUUGAGGAUGAAGACGACGAGGACGACAGUGAUGACGAGGAAGAUUCUGAUGAUGAAGAACAAACGCCCGAGCUCGGAAAGAAGAGACCGUUGAAAGGAGAUGAAGGCAAGUCUCCGAGUGGGGGCAAGAAGGCGAGGGUGGAUACACCUGCUAGACCAGGAUUGGCCGCAUCCCCUGGAAAGAAAUCGGAGAAAUCAGCCUCUAAGACCGCUGUAGUGACCCCCUCUAAGGCCACACCAGUUGCAGGUAGCAAGAAAGUGAAAGGCUCGAAAGAGGCGAAGAAAGAGGAGAAAACUCCUCAGAAGACUCCGGGAAAAGAAGCCGUAGUGAAGACUCCUAAAACUUCUUCGAAGACCCCUGCGAAGGUCCCAACUACGCCUUCCACGGACUCCGCUAAAAAGCUCAGUACCGCACACAGAUGUGAAAGUUGUAAAAAAAGUUUCUCCACCGAAGCCGGCCAUAGCCAGCACAUGGUAGCCAAGCACGGUACCCCCGCAAAGUAGGCACUUAUCGAGGCGUCAAUUAAGAGUUUGGAGUUGAACAUGUGAAUUAUUAUAGAGGUGUAACAGCUGUUUGCAGUUGGUGCCUUCAGCACAAUUUUCCAGGCCAGUUCGGUGAAGGUCCAGCGAAUCAUAUCAUACUCAAAGAGAUGGUUAAUGCUGUGGGACCUUGGUAGUUCGUUCAGUGUCUGCCUCACCCUGGUAGAUCACCGGCCAAUCCUGCUUCCCCACUUGAGAAGUGACACGGCCUCAUGCAAUGUCACAAGACUAGAUUUGAUCCUAGUUGUUGCCACACGAUAGAGAACUUUUGGCUGGUCUAAGUAGCAACAUUCGUCCUGUGGGCCUCUGAGGAUGUUUCCCAAAUGGCUGAUCUGACUCGGGUGUUCUCGUGCUCCUUUUUUAAUUGCAACGGGGCACGGAUGUACACAGUAGCGUCGUCGUAGAUUUCUCCUCCAAGGAAAGAGAACAGUAGGUAAUUGAAGUGGCCACGCUGAGUUCGAUAGGCAAGAUAUAGAUAUUGAGAAUUGGGAUGUCUCGCCAGAGCCACGGGAUACCCUUUUUUCCAAAUGUUUCAGUGUAUUGGUUCAAAGGAAGACGUAAAGCACUUUGUUGCUUUUUUUGA